CCGUAGGUGAUCAGACAGAUGAACCUAGAGCCGAUCCCAGAGGGCAUUGAGGAGGAGAUGUACGAUGGCGUGGCUGUCUCUUUAAUCUGUUGAUUAUGCUUUAUUUAAUUAACUUUAAUGCUUAUUACGUUUUCGGGCAAGAUCCCAAGUUGUUUGACUUUAAAAAGGCUUCCGCAUUAUUUUAAAUUACUCCGAUGGAUUUUUAUAUGUAUUGAAAGAACAAUGAGUCAAGAAUCGACCCACGGUCAGUACGUUCCGGAGCCGGAGCACGUGAGCGUGCACACGGUGAACACCGAGGGUUCGAGUUUCAUGCCUCUGGGUGACGGAGGGCAACAGCAGAAUCAACCAAAGCCAGCGGGACAGCCACCAGCUGUACCACCGCCAGUCGUACCACCUCCAGUGAUGCCCCCGUUGGUGAUACCGCAGGUGGCCUACGAGCAGAUGUUCCCGGCCAUGAUGGCCCAUUAUAUGCAGCACAUGGCGCAGCUUAUGCCCAUGUUUCAGCCACCGCCGCCACCACAGCCGCAGCCGCGCAUCGUUACCUUCAAGACAUUGAAGGAUAAUGGAGCGGAAGAGUUUCGAGGAGACAAGAUGGGGGAGCCCUAGAUUGCAUUGGAUUGGCUUGAGCAGAUGGACCGGGUACUCAAGAAUUUGAGAGUCCCUGAUGCAGAUCGCUCGGAGUUGGCGUCACAGAUGUUUCGGAAGGGAGCAUAUGAUUGGUGGAAGCGCAUUGACCAGGAUCCACACACGCCCAAGCCAUGGACCUGGGAUCGCUUUGAUCGAGCCUUCACGAAGGAGUACGUCCCCACCCGGUACCGCGAGGAGAGGCGCGAUGAGUUCGUUACGCUUAAGCAGGAGGGGAUGU